GUAGUGGCAAAUGCACUCGUGAUACGAAAUCUGCAUACGAUUCUCGAUGCUCCGCAGAUUAGGACGAGUCACACUCCCAUUGGGAUUGUUGGCAGUGAGUCGAGCACAUGUGACACACUCCGCAUCAUUUGACGUUGUGGGAAAACAAACGAAUGAAGAUGAUACUGUUGCAGCAGCGGAGGUCAUUAGCGAAGCAGUGCGCGCGCCAGAGUGCGAAGAUUCUCUGAAAUCAUCCGGUGUCGAUUCGGACGACGUAAGUGUGAUGAACAAAAAAGAAAGCGAAUUAAUUGAACUACAUAAACUCCAGUACAUGUACUCGCAAGACGGCCCUUUUAUUGGAUCCCGUACAAAAGAUAAGAAAGUGGACCAGGUGAGUUUCCGUAAGCGACGACAUAUUGUGCGGGUUCCACAGCCAGAAAUGGAGUAUCGUCCAAACGAAACGUCUUUUCGCCGUCUUCCCAAACAUUAUAUUUUGCCAAAUGAGUUUGAACUGCGCGUGUUGUACCCCAUGUCCACAAGCCUCAAACUGAUUGAGGGGCAAGCUGAUUGCGUGGAUCACAACGCGUUUGACGUCGAUGAAGAUCCUGCGCCCAUAGCGUAUAGUAUGAUUGCGCCACCAGGCUGGAAACCCGACGUGGAAUAUCCAUACAUGGUUGUUCUCCCAGAUCAUCGAGGUAUUCCGCGUGACUUUGAGGAUGUCUGUGCCAACUUUUUUGAGCGCUCAGUUCACCGUGAGCACAUGAUAGAGCAGCAGUGGGUCAUCAUCUCACCUGUAGUAAAUCUCCGCCACAACUUGCAAGUUCCCGUGGAAGGAAUUGUGGCACGUUUCUGCGACUGGGUUGCAGACAACUUCUGUGUGGAGCACGGAAAGGUGCAUCUUUUCGGAAAAGGUAAUGGAGGCUACGUGGCGCUCCGCACUGUAUUGGAAAACAAAGACUUGGUUCUGAGUGUUACAGCAAUUCUUGGACGGAAUGGCUCUCCUUUUAGACCGUUGGACCGAGCUCAGGACAAGGUAAGAAAUUAUAACGGUGUCCACAGCCUCGUCUACGUCCCGGGGCUACUGCGCAAGCAAGACUGGUACUACAAAUUCAAGUUCAUGCUUGACAUGGCACGGAUUCGGCCGCCGCUCCGAAACGUACACUUUGCUGAUGUGCGAGAUCAUCAAGUAUACUACGCAAUCAACCCCCAGGAGUUUUGGAAUUACAUGAAGUAUUUUCGGCAGUACAACAUGAAGAUGCUUACCGAAAGCGGAUACACCGUAUAG